GAGACGCCGAUGUUGUGUUGUCUCUCGUCAGCUUAGCGAAGACUCAGCGGGACUGCGGAGAGGAGAAGAGAUUUGGGCUAAUUUAAGAUAUAAAGAUGGAGGUGGAUCAGCUGCAGUCUCUGUCGGGUCCGGCUUUGGCUCAAGCGAUCAGUUCUCUGCUGGAGACUCCGGGACUUUACGUGUUCUCUGAUAUACUCGAGCUGCCCAAUGUCCGAGAGUUGGAGACCGGUCCUCACGCUCCCGUCUAUCAGCUCCUCAAUCUCUUCGCUUACGGAACUUACUCCGACUACAAAGAGCGAGCCGCCUCUCUCCCUGAGCUCACACCCUCCCAGAGGAACAAGCUCCGCCACCUGUCCAUCAUCAGCCUGGCCUCCAACCUUAAGUGUUUGCCGUACUCCCUGCUGCUGCAGCAGUUGGAGCUGAAGAAUGUGCGUGAGCUAGAGGAUUUGCUGAUCGAGGCCGUCUACUGCGACAUCAUCCACGGCAAACUGGACCAGCGGAACCAGCAGGUGGAGGUAGACUUCAGCGUGGGCCGAGACCUCGGUCCCAAUGAGCUGCCCAACAUAGCCAACACACUGCAGGAGUGGUGUGCUGGGUGUGAGGCAGUGCUGUGUGGAAUUGAGGAGCAGGUGUCCAGAGCUAAUCAGUACAGAGAGAGCCAGCUGAAGGUCAAAGUUCAGGUGGAGACAGAGGUGUCAAACCUACAGAAAACCCUGAAAGCAAGCUCCACUUCACCAUCUUCUGGCCCCGCCCCCGUUGGAGCCGCAUCCAAUCAGGAUGUCGAUCAACCCGCAGAGCCGCGAGACCCUGCGUCCUCUCAGGAACCACGGCAACCAGGGAAAAAGAGCUCGAAAGUCAAAGGGCUUCGUGGGAGUGGGAAGAUCUGGUCUAAGUCUAACUGAGGACGCCGGCACUGAGAGAUGCACUGAAGCUGAUUUACAGAGAGACAGACAGACGGACUCACUGACCAGGACACUUUACACAGACUGGAGUCGCACAGGCAGACGGACUGGAGCAGGUUUCAGCACAGCUGCCCAGACAACAUUUAAUCACAGACGCAGACAAAUACAAGAUUCUGAUUAGCAUGUGUGUGUGUGUGUGAAAGAGUGUAUGUCCGUGUGUGUAUGUAUGAGUGUGUGUGCGGGCUUGGGCUGUAUAUGUUUUAACUUGUUAGAUUUGCGUUUCCAUUUUUGUUUUCUGAGUGUGUUUGAUUUUUGUUGAUCCAUAACUGGUAUGUAAAAUAAUAAGGAAAUAAAACAUUUUCCACCAACCAA